AUGCCUCUAAGGACAGGACUUUUGCUACUGCUCGUGCUCAUAGCGUCUGCAUAUGAACUGGAUCAAAACGAAUCUUUCUCGCCGAGAAGAGCACGCUUCUCUGCCAACAGUCCAUCAGACGUGGCGCGAUGUCUCAACAGCGCCCUUCAAGUGGGCUGCGGUGCCUUCGCCUGUCUGGAGAACUCCACUUGCGAAACGGACGGGAUGCACGAAAUCUGCAAGUCUUUCCUGUACAGCGCAGCCAAAUUCGACACUCAGGGCAAGGCCUUUGUGAAGGAGAGCCUGAAGUGCAUUGCCAAUGGAAUUACUUCCAAGGUCUUCCUCACGGUGCGACGCUGCUCCACGUUCCAGAGGAUGAUUUCCGAGGUUCAGGAAGAGUGCUACAGCAAGCUGGACAUCUGCUCCGUGGCGAGGUCCAAUCCCGAGGCCAUCGCAGAGGUGGCCAAGCUGCCCAGCCAGUUCCCCAACAGGUUUUACGGGAAGCUGCUGCAGAGUUUGAUGGACUGUGACGCGGAGACCGUGGACUUGGUCAGGGCCAACCUGGUGACACGACUAGGCCCCGAAAUCUCCUUGCUUUUCCAGCUGCUGCAGAGCAAGCCGUGCCCAUCCGUCACGGCUGCCGUGCCCACCGGAAUGGAAGCCCGGGGGGCCUGGCGGUGGUCCGUCAGUCCCCAUGGAUACAAGAACCAGCCAAACCUUCGCAACAGGGACUCGGCUAGUCUGUUUGGCAAGAAACGCAGCACUGGAGAUAGAUCUUAA